AGCGAAGAUGGAGGGAGUCGAGCUCUCGAACAACCUGCGUAACCUCUUACAGAGUACCAAAGGUGGUAUUCCGCUAAAGAGACUAGACGCAGAAUUCUACACGUUCUCUGGGGUCCACAUUCCUCUCGGAGCGUACAAGGACCUUGAGGACCUCCUGAAGACGAUGCCGGACGUUUGCCACAUCCGCAACAAUGAUCGAGGACAGGCAAUGGUCUUCAGUUUGAGGCCUCGGGGAGGGAAGACGGCCACCGUCAUCGGGGCCGGAUCUUCGCCUGCUCACAGGACCAAGCGAGCACCCCCACGGAAUCCAACGAGAGCUCCUCAGGCGAAUAACAGCCACCAUGCUCCGAAACCUCGAACCGGACCCUCCGGUCGACUUCCGCGUCGUCUCCCGCAAUCGAAGCAACAGCAUAGCGGUCGAGGCAAUAGAAACCAGCUCCACGGAAACAAUGCGAGCAACGGAAACUGGAGGAGCAACGGAAGGUCUGCACUUCCCUCUGGACAAAACGGAGAAUUCAACGGACGCCGCGGAAACAUGGUCUGGAUAAACCCGUCGAUCCAGUACGUGGCUACGAGCAACGGGAGCUCGUCAUCCGGAAACCACUCAAGGAGUUCCAGAGAGUAUAGGGACCGUCCUAACGCCAUUCCAAUAGUGGAUCCACGUUCUCGUAGGGUGGUUUCUCAUCGCCACGAACAGCAUCAGCCCGCCGCCGCUCGUACCGUCAGUCCGAAGGGUCUCAGCUCAUCGAUCGCGAUCCUGAAGGAGUACGCCAGAGCGACUUCGCUCCCGGCUCCGGAGUUCCAUUUCAUGGAGUCGAAAACCAACAAGAAGGCGGCGACUGCCGAGUUUCUAUGCACGGUCGAGCUCGACGGAAAGAAAUACAAGAGCUAUCCCGACUAUCGACCCACAGCAGAACUCGCACGCGAAUCUGCCGCUGCAAAAGCGCUCGCAGCCCUUGGGAUCACCAAGGAUAACUUGCAGCAGCGCGUAGCGGAAAAACAGGCGACGCUCCCAUUCGUCGAGAUGACGAACCCUCAACAAAUUGAAUCAGUCGCAGUCAAGCUGGUCCAGAUGCUCGAGAAGCGACCGAACGGUGUCUUUUGUAAUUCCGUGCCGCAAAUAUUCGCCGAGGACUUCAAGGAGAAGCUCCCAGAGGAUUGGAGGAGCAAAAUAAACGAACAUAAACAAUUGGAUUUCGUCACGAACGCUCUCGCAAAAACGGAUGUGCUUUACAAGAAAGACACCGUCGCACCGACAGCGCCCCAAGUCCCACCGUUGACGAUUUCUGACGAACAGUUCAUGUUCGUGAUCACGUACGUCGUUGACGUGCACAACUUCUACGGACGCGUAGAACGGGAGGAAUACCACACCCUAACCACCGAAAUGGAGGCCUACUACAAGGAAGAGGCGAACCUGACCUCUCAGAAACUCGAGGCUUCGGACAAACCCGUGGUCGGGGCCCUUUACGCCGUUUUCGAUGAGAGCUGGCAUCGUGUCCAGUGUGUGAUGGAGGAAAACGGAACUGAAGCCGCCGAGUUCCGUUACGUCGAUCUUGGAAUAACGGAAUCCAUUCCACGGGAGAAGCUGAUGCAUCUUGCGUACGACUUCUAUUCGGUUCCGUUUUCAUCGAUCCAACUGCGUCUCGAAGAGUUCGAUGACACCAACGUCUCAGACUCGAAGAGACCAUCGGUCAUCGCCGAAAUGGAGCGUCUGAUGCAGAACAAGAUACUCUGGGCCGUCCCGACACCCGAUUGUGACGUUUCGGUGAGACCCCUCCCCGUGAAGGUUUACGACACCGGAGACGAUUCGAGCGAAGGCUGCCAGCAGGUGAGUGAAGGCAGCAUCCCUCGAUCCCGGCAGAGCUCUCAAAUCGACAUCAACACCGAAAUCUACAAAGUCGUGGCCACGCCGGUGAUUUUCCCCGCUCCUGUGAUCGCGAAAGGGUACUUGAGCUGCGUGUCUCCGGAUGGGACGAUUUACCUACAAAUCGAGGAUUUCGGGCUCAAUGAACUCCGCAGUCUCACCGUGGAGCCGGCCAGCGAUGAAUGUGUCAAAACGGUCCAGCCCAACAGGGUGUAUUGUGCUCAGCUCGAAGGGAACUGGUACCGAUGCGUGGCCACGAAUAUCGUUUCCGACAACGAGAUCGACAUCGAGUUCAUUGACUAUGGGAACAAGGACACUGUUUCCAUUGACAAAAUGUUCCCACUCAAAAUGGGUUAUCAUCUCGAAGAUCUGCCGGCACAGGCUGUGCGGGCUCACAUGACGGACCUGCAACCGGAGACCAUGUGGUCCGAGGACGAAAUCGCGAAAAUCACCGAUUUCUGUCCCGAGGAUCAAAUGCUCAUCAUAAAGGUGUCGGCGGCGACCCGAUGUCAGGACAAAGACUGUGACGAGAGUAUCCAACAUGUGGAUGUUUUCAAGCGGACCAUGCCGAACGAUGAGCUCGUCUCAGUGAACCUUAAGCUUUGCGAGGAGCUGAGCUGCUCCGCCUCGGCUGACCAGAACGGCCACACGGCAGGAGACGACACCGAGGUCCGACCUCUGGUGGCCGUCUACCCCGAAAACAACCCACCCGAGCAAGGAAGUGUAGUGAACCUGCACGUGGUUUCUGCAGCUUCUCCAUUGAAGAUCAUCUGCCAACCCUUUAACACUUUGGGUGAACUAGCCAACUUGCGCGCUACAAUGCAGUUGUUCUACGGCAAACAGGAAAACCGCCUGAAAACGUCGGAGUUGGUGAUUCGAAGCAAAGAGUUCUAUGCGUGUCUGCAAGACGAGAUAUGGGAGCGAGCGUAUGUUGAGAAGGCACCUGCUGCACUAAAUGAGAGCACCUCCUUGGUGUGUUACUUCGUCGACAACGGGGCAUAUAUGUCUAUCCCCGCCGUCGAAACCUCAAUCCAACCGCUGCACGAGCAGUUCCGCCAGCUGCCUUUUCAAGCAAUCCAGGCGCAAAUGCAGGGCGUAGGGCCCAAAAAGGGCGCCUGCGACUUCGACCCGAUGGAUUGCAUCACUUUUCAGAAGCACAUCACGGGCCGGGACCUCGAGGCAAAGGUCUGCGGUUAUACACCUGAUUCUCGCAUAACGGUCGCGCCUACAUUUAGUCUUGUUUUAGAACUCUUUGACGACGACGACGAGCCCCUCCGGGACGUCUAUGCAAAAAUGGAGCUCUUCGCGAUCUGCUGA